AUGUCCGUUACCACUCAAGCAACCAUCGCCAGCUUCGGCGGGAAACUUCUCAAGCUCGCUCACAAUGCUUCCACCACUGGCUGCGAGAUGAAGUUCAAUCUUUACCUCCCUCCUCAAGCCGCCACCAACAAAGUUCCCCUGCUGAUAUGGCUCUCCGGCCUCACAUGCACCGGUGAUAAUUGUUCCGAAAAGGGUUUCUUCCAACAUGGUGCUAGCAAGAGGGGUAUCGCUGUGUUGUACCCUGACACAAGUCCGAGGGGGAUUGGCAUCAAAGGCGAGGACGAUGCCUACGAUUUUGGUACCGGUGCAGGUUUCUACGUCGAUGCUAGUGCCGAUCCUUGGUCCAAGAACUACAACAUGUACUCAUACAUCACCGACGAACUGCCCAAAACCGUCUUCGAAGCCUUCAAAGAUCAGAUCGAUUCUAGCAAGGUUAGCAUCAGUGGACAUAGUAUGGGAGGUCAUGGCGCUUUGUCCCUAUACCUGAAGAAUCCGGGAAAAUACAAGAGUGUCAGCGCCUUUGCUCCCAUUGCCAAUCCCCUCAAAUGUCCCUGGGGCGAGAAGGCGUUCAAAGGCUAUUUCGGUGACGACUGGCAGAAGCUGGGCGCUCAGCAUGACUCGACGGAAUUGCUCAAGCAGUGGAAAGGCGGCCCUCUUGACAUUUUGAUUGAUGUGGGUACUGGUGACAAUUUCUAUAAACAAGGCCAGCUCCUCCCCGAGAACUUUAUCGCAGCUGCAAAAGAGAUUGGACAGGAGAACGGUGUCCAUGUAAGGUUUCAGCCGGAUUAUGACCACAGUUACUACACAAUGGCGACUUUCUCGGAUGAUCACAUUGACCAUGCCGCGAAGUACUUGCUUGCAUAG